GUCUAUUCCCUCGGCGCUCUGCUUCCAAGAAAUGCUGAGUCUCCGGUCAGACCGAGUACUCUCGAUCGAGAUCCGGAGAAUCCCUGCUCUCCUUCUCGCUCGCUUCUUCGUCUCCCAGUCGACAAGAAGAGAGGGACAUCGAGCAAGCGAGAGAGGGGCUAGGGGGGGAGAGAGAGAUGGGGUCGAUGGAUUUGGAGGAGGUCGGAAAUGGGAACGGGAACGGGCUGCCGAGGCUCCCGCGGCUGGGGGGCAAGGGGAAGUACAGGAGGAUGGACGCCGGGGUGAACGAAGAGGAGGCAGAAGGAGAGGUCUUGGCGAUGGGGCGGAGCCGGCGAAGCGAGAGCAGGAGAUACGUCUUCGCCUGUGCCGUCUUUGCGUCGCUGAACAACGUUCUUCUUGGUUAUGAUGUGGGUGUUAUGAGUGGAUGUAUCCUAUUCAUUCAAAAGGAUUUGCACAUAACAGAAGUGCAGCAAGAAGUUCUAAUUGGGUGUUUGAGCAUUAUUUCACUUUUCGGUAGCUUAGUAGGUGGAAGAACCUCAGAUGCUAUUGGGCGAAAAUGGACUAUGGGAUUGGCUGCCAUUGUUUUCCAAAUUGGUGCUACUAUAAUGGCUUUUGCUCCUUCUUUCCUAGUACUGAUGAUAGGCAGGCUGUUGGCUGGAGUUGGGAUAGGCUUUGGUGUUAUGAUUGCACCGGUAUACAUAGUAGAGAUAUCCCCUGCUGUUGCCCGAGGAUCUCUUACAUCUUUCCCUGAGAUUUUUAUAAAUAUAGGAAUCCUUCUUGGUUAUAUAUCCAACUAUGCUUUCUCUGGCCUUUCAGAACAUAUUAGCUGGAGGGUAAUGAUCGGUGUUGGGAUCCUCCCAUCUGUCUUUAUUGGUUUUGCGCUGUUUGUGAUCCCAGAGUCUCCUAGGUGGUUGGUUAUGCAGAAGAGGGUCAAUGAAGCAAGGUCAGUGCUGAUGAAGGUUAGUGACAGUGACGGAGAUGCAGAGCAGAGAUUGGCGGAGAUAGAGAAAGCUGCUAGUGUUACAGGUGCCGAGGGACACAAGGAAAAGGCCGUCUGGCGUGAACUCCUUAGGCCUUCUCCUGCUGUACGUCGGAUGCUGAUCACUGGAUUUGGCAUCCAAUGCUUCCAGCAAGUCACAGGUAUCGAUGCAACUGUGUAUUAUAGCCCAACAAUAUUCAGGAAUGCAGGAAUCAAGUCGGACAACAAACUUCUUGCUGCCACUGUUGCUGUUGGCUUUGCGAAAACUGUCUUCAUCUUAGUUGCAAUCUUUCUAAUUGAUAGAGUGGGUAGAAAACCAUUGUUGUAUGUCAGCACAAUUGGGAUGACUAUGUGUUUAUUUGGGUUGAGCCUUGCUCUUUCACUGCUUAGACAUGACCUGGUUUCGGCAAAAGUUGGGAUUGGGGUUGCUAUACUGGCAGUCUGUGGGAACGUUGCAUUCUUCUCAGUUGGGAUGGGCCCAGUUUGCUGGGUGUUGAGUUCUGAAAUAUUUCCACUGAGGCUGCGAGCUCAGGCAUCUGCACUAGGAGCAGUUGGAAAUAGAGUUAGCAGUGGCCUGGUUGCUAUGUCCUUCCUGUCUAUGUGCCGCAUCCUUUCUGUGGCAGGCACCUUUUUCAUCUUUUCGCUUGUUUCAGCUGUGUCUGUGGUCUUUGUAUACAAGUAUGUUCCUGAAACCAAAGGAAAGACUUUGGAGCAGAUUGAGGUGUUAUUCCAAAACGGCAUAGAAUGGGAGAGAGGUGAAGUAGAGCUUGGUGAUGUGGAGCAUCUGGUGCAGAGGAAUUAACACAUCCGGUUGUUUUGCAGCUCUGUGACAAUAUCUCAAUGCAGGCAGAGCUAGGCUGCCGCAAUAUGUCAUUCUUUAUGAUAUCAUUUUUUCCACUGCUUCUGACUUGUGAAUCCCUAUAGGAUUACUACCAGAUUUGCUGCUUAUAAGACUAUAUGGUGGAGCGAUCAUGCUGCGUGUAUAUUCCUGCUGCCAGGAAUGGGAAUAGAGUAUAAGUCAAAUUACAAUUUCUGUAAUUUGCUUCAUGAACAAACCUGACACGUUCAAAAGAUUCAAUGUAUACAUAUUUCACAACGAUCUGUGUUCCUGGUAAAAGUUGCAGAAAGCAAAUUCAAAUGGCCUUUAUUUACCAUCAAGCAAUGUUUUUUUAUUGAGCUAUUCUUAUUUCUACAUUUGCAA